AUGGCGGAAACAAAAAGCCCUGCAAACAAGCAGAAAAUGGAAACUCCGUCAACCUCAAUGGAUAUAGGAAAGUUAAAGAACUGGGUGAGGAACUGGCGCAACAUGCAACCCUAUCAGGGGAAGAAUCUUCCCAAGAAUACAAAUGAGGAAAUUAUUAAGGCUUUUGUAAAGAACACAUGGAACUUGAGCGCUAGAGUUGAAAUCGACCACAACAAUAGUGGAGGAUGGGUCUUUAUCUUCGACAAGGAAGAAGACUUGCAGCACAUACAGAAAGGAGGACUGUGGUUUAUUCGUUCAAGCUGGAUGCUCCUAGACAAGUGGAAAGAUGGAUCCUCAAGUGAGAAAACAAAAAUAUGGCACCAGAACCUUUGGGUCCAGCUCUUCAACAUCCCCCGCAGCCACAUCUCAAAGAAGAACUGCAGGCUGAUUGUCAGUGCCGUUGGAAGGGUGUUGGACAACCCAAAUCCCAUAACCCUAGGGAAACCCUCUCGAGGAAGAAUGGUCCGUAUGUGGGUAGAGGUUGACCUGCGGAAACCUCUCUUCCGAGGAUUCUUCCUCAAGCACUCAGGAAGUCCAACAUGGAUACGCUUUGUGUAUGAAGGUCUCACCCGUCUUUGCUCUUUCUGCGGCCUGGUAGGGCAUCAAUGGAAGAAAUGCAGGCAAAUCCCACAAGGCAUCUCCCACGAAGAGAUUCUCACUGAAUUAGAGAACCAUUCAAUAGAAGCGCCAAGAGAAUGGUUAAAGGCAGAAUUUAAACCGGAGAAACCACUCAAAAUUUUGACCUACCAAGCUACACCAACUACAUGCAAACAGUCACAGAUAAUCUUGAGAGAUUCUAGUUCAGACAAGGAUUCGGAAGACGAACUCCUAGAGAAAAGGCCAAGGCACUAG